AAGAACUACUUCUGAAGCAUAAAAAUGAUAUUCUUUUUCAUUUGUGUUCUUGUAAAAAAGGCUCUGUGUUUUAAUUUGGAAAGUCGUAAUGUUUGGAACUUCACAAUUCAAGAUAACAGCUCUUAUUUUGGAUAUCAAGUAUCACUUGUUAAUACAAAUAGCCCCAAAGUGAUUAUUUCAGCCCCUCUUUACACUGGAAAGUCAGCUACUGGUGUAGUAUUUAGCUGUAAUCCCGAUGACACUAAUCAAUGUUUAAAACUAAAUAUUGAAACUGAAACUCUAACAGAUCCAGAUAUUGUGUUAAGUCAAAAAAGUAACCAAUGGAUGGGCUUUUCUAUGUCACAAGCUGGAGAUAUGUUAAUGAGUUGUGCUCCUCUAUGGCAUGAGAGUAGAACUGGUAGAAAUGGAAUAAAUCUUUGGUAUAGAGGGCGAUGCUCUUUAAUAGAUAAAGAUUUAAAUAAUAUCUACACAUAUUCAGCAUGUGUGAAUGAGCCAACAGGAAAUGUCCAAUACGGAUAUUGUGAGUCAGGAUUUAGCAGUGGGGGAUACAUUGGUGGAAAUACUCCAACAUUCUAUGUGGGAGCUCCUGGUUCCAUCAAUUCUAUCGGUGUACUUUUUGCUUUUAUUGGAGGGUCUGUUAAUGCUUCUCCAAUAAAGUUAAAAACUGGAACUGAUCAAUUGAUUGAUGAAAGCUCAUUAAUGGGAUAUUCUAUUGCAGUUGGUAACUUCACCAAUAACCAAUAUGGAGAUGUUGUUGGUGGAGCACCAAGAGCUAAUAAUCUGAAGGGAAUAGUAAUACUAUACACAAUAGGAGAUACAGGUUUCACUCUUACACAGAGUUAUCCUAAUCCUGAUGGACAGGUGGGAUCAUAUUUUGGUGGUGCUGUAUGUGCAGUGGAUCUUAAUAAUGAUGGUAUUGAUGAUUUAUUGGUCGGAUCACCACAGUAUUCAGUUGUAACUGAUGAAGGAAGGGUUUAUAUAUAUAUGAAUAAACCAAUCUUUACUGGUUUGCAGCUGCAAAAGAAUUUCUUAGCUCCAGAUAGCACAAUUGGAGCUCGAUUUGGUUCUGUAAUUUCUAAAAUAGGAGAUAUCAAUAAAGAUGGAUAUCAAGAUGUUGCAAUAGCAGCUCCAGGUGGUGGUCCAGAUGGCAAAGGAGCAGUCUAUAUAUACAAUGGUGGUGUAAAUGGGAUUACUCUUCAAUACUCUCAAGUUGUUUAUGCAUCAACAUUUUCGUCUGACUUUGGAACUGGUUUUGGUUCUUCAAUUUCGGGUGGACUUGAUGUUGAUGGAAAUAACUAUCCAGACGUUGUUAUAGGAGCUUUCAAUAUUGGCAAAGUUUUUCUUUUGAGAUCAAGGCCUGUUGUUUCAUUAUCUGCUAAUCUUCAAACCAAUAUUACUCAAGUACCUGCUGAGCCUGAGAAUGCAAAUUGUUUAGGUCCGAAUGGUGUUAGUUAUUAUUGCAUAGAAUUAAGACUAAACUUAAUGUAUGAUGCAAACAAAAUGACAUCUGAUUAUUCUAUUGAAGUUACAAUAGAAGUAGAUAAUCAAAUGAUAAUUGGAAAGCGAGGAUUUUUUUUGAACAAUCAAACCAAGCAAUUAAGCAAUAUCAUAAGCCAAAAUAUUACACUAGUAAAAAAUAAAAUAGCUGCAAUCCCAACCAUUGUUUAUAUUUCUGUAACAGGUGAAGUAGACCUAUUGAAUCCUAUUACAAUCACUACCAGUUAUAAAGAGUAUCAGAGUCCUUUAGGAUGCGGAAAUACCACGUGUCCUAUUUUAGAUUUAUAUGGAAUUAAUACUGGCAGUAUUCAAGUAACAUAUUUGAAGAAAUGCAAAAAUAACAUCUGCUACACAGAUUUAUCAAUGUCUUCAAUAAUACAAUUACCUGGAGCCUCACAACAAACUCAAAUUAUAUAUGGUGUUAUUUAUGAAGUAGCUGUUUUUUCUCAAAUUAUAAAUUAUGGCGACACUGCAUACCAGUCAAGCAUGAAUAUUUUGUUUAGUUUAGAUUUACAAGUGAUAUCAGUGACUAUUAAUGGGCAACCGUAUCCUUCAUUGAAUCCUGUAAAGGUGGAUCCAAUAACUCAAGAGCUAUCAAUUCUUGUUUCUAAUGCUCAGAAAUCAAACCAAAGUAUUGACAUUCUUGCAAGGUUUUCGAUUCCUUUAUCAAGUCCUUCAACCCCUGUAUAUAUUUUUCAAAUGACAACAACAUCUUAUGGAGUUGAUGUAAAUCCAAGCAAUAAUAAUGUUACUCUUCAAGUUCCUACAAUGAUUGCAACCUGUGUGCGUGUACAAGGUCAAGUUUUUCCAACUUCAAUAUAUUACAAGAAAAAUUUCAGCCCUCCAUCUAAAUAUGUAUCAGUGGUUGAUAUUGGCCCAGAAGUCAACUUUACAUUCUAUAUUCAAAAUGCUGGUCGUUUUCCUGUAGAUACAAUAUCUUCAGAAAUAAGUUUUGUUGUGAAUAAGCGAAAUUUUGAUUUGAUAUAUGUAGUAGAUAUGAGAGUUGAUAGUGUUCAAUGCAAUCCACUGCAGAAUAACUUAAACAUUAACAACUAUACUGCUUUAUACAGUAAUUCCACAACACAAGAUAUUAUAUCCAGAAAAAAAAGACAAGUUUUUCAAAAUAUUGAUUGUCAAAAUGGAAACUGUAAAGUUUAUACUUGUAAUAUUACACGCAUCGAGAACAAUAAAGGCUCCACAGUGCUAGUUACAACUAGGCUAUGGGCUGCAAGCCUAGCUAAGCUAAGUCUACCAGCUAGUGAAAUCCAAACAUUCAUCCAAGUUAGAUUUAAUGGUAAAGACAGUAGUAGAAAUGUGCAACAAGAUAAUUGUCCUUUAUCUUUAACGGUUAACUUUACAUUACAAGAAAGUACUAUGCAGCCUGUAACGAAACAAGUCAGCCAGUGGUGGAUUAUUCUACUUUCCAUACUAGGGGCAUUAGUACUACUUGCUGUUUCUUCUGCAAUUUUAUACAGGUUUGGUUUUUUUGAGAGAGAUAAAAGCUUUAUGGGAACUUCUCAUACGAUAGCAUUUGAGCAAAAGGUACAAUCUGAUGAUGCUGGCAAUGUUGGUUCAAAUAAUGAUGUUGACAAUGUUGGUCCAAAUAAUACUAGUAGUUUAUUUAAUGUUGAUACUUAGAAACUUUGUAAUUAUAAUUAAAUUUAAUGUAAAGCAAUUAUAAUUUAUGAAUUGAAUUUUCUUCGAAUUAUUUCUUUGUAUCAGCGUGAUAGGGUUUUUUAUAUCUUUUUUUAUUUUUAGAUUUAAAAAUUGUUUUAACAUAUAUAUAUAAGAUAAAUGGCUCUUUUGUAUUUACUGUUAAUACUGUUUACAUAUGUUAUAUAUAAUUUGUAUGUUUUAUAUCUGAACAAAUUGUUAAUAAAGAUAUUAAGGACGUAAUUAUUUAUUUAUGUUUAUUUAAUUAUUACAAAAUAGUAGGAUUUUAUCGGUUUCUAAUAACUUGAAAAAAUCAACUUUUUUGCAUAUCGAAUUAUUAUUAUAUUUUAUGUGCUGUUUAUUUAUUUUUAAAUUGAAAUUGUUUAGCUAAACAUAAAAUUAUAUAAUUAUGUAAUUUUUGGUUUAAAUAUAUUGUUUUAUUAC